GUCCGGGCCGCCAUGGCGCUGUCGCGGGGGCUGCCCCGGGAGCUGGCUGAGGCGGUGGCCGGCGGCCGGGUGCUGGUGGUGGGCGCGGGCGGCAUCGGCUGCGAGCUCCUCAAGAACCUCGUGCUCACCGGCUUCUCCCACAUCGACCUGAUUGACCUGGACACUAUUGAUGUCAGCAACCUCAACAGGCAGUUUCUGUUUCAAAAGAAGCACGUUGGAAGAUCAAAGGCACAGGUUGCCAAAGAAAGUGUACUACAGUUUUAUCCGAAAGCCAACAUUGUAGCUUACCAUGACAGCAUCAUGAACCCUGACUAUAAUGUGGAAUUUUUUCGACAGUUUAUAUUGGUUAUGAAUGCAUUAGAUAACAGAGCUGCCCGAAACCAUGUUAAUAGGAUGUGUUUGGCAGCUGACGUGCCUCUUAUUGAGAGUGGGACUGCUGGUUAUCUUGGACAAGUAACUACUAUAAAGAAGGGUGUAACCGAGUGUUAUGAAUGUCAUCCUAAGCCAACACAGAGAACUUUUCCUGGCUGUACGAUUCGGAAUACACCUUCUGAACCUAUUCAUUGCAUCGUUUGGGCAAAAUAUUUGUUCAACCAGCUGUUUGGGGAGGAGGAUGCGGACCAAGAAGUGUCACCUGACAGAGCUGACCCUGAAGCUUCCUGGGAACCAACAGAAGCUGAAGCCAGAGCCCGGGCAUCUAAUGAAGAUGGAGACAUUAAGCGUAUUUCCACUAAGGAAUGGGCUAAGUCAACUGGAUAUGAUCCAGUUAAACUUUUUACCAAGCUUUUUAAAGAUGAUAUCAGGUAUCUAUUGACAAUGGACAAACUGUGGCGCAAAAGGAAACCUCCAGUUCCUUUGGACUGGGCUGAGGUACAAAGUCAAGGAGAAGAAGCUGAUGCAUCUGAUCUGCAGAGUGAGCCCCAGUUAGGCCUGAAAGACCAGCAGGUUCUAGAUGUGAAGAGCUAUGCCAGUCUUUUUUCAAAGAGCAUUGAGACUUUAAGAGUUCAUUUAGCAGAAAAAGGGGAUGGAGCUGAGCUCAUAUGGGAUAAGGAUGAUCCUUCUGCAAUGGACUUUGUCACCUCCGCCGCAAACCUCAGGAUGCAUAUUUUCAGCAUGAAUAUGAAGAGCAGAUUUGAUAUAAAAUCAAUGGCAGGGAACAUUAUUCCAGCUAUUGCAACUACUAAUGCAGUAAUUGCUGGAUUGAUAGUAUUGGAAGGAUUGAAGAUCUUAUCAGGAAAGAUAGACCAGUGUAGAACAAUAUUUUUGAAUAAGCAGCCAAAUCCAAGAAAGAAACUUCUUGUGCCUUGUGCGCUGGAUCCUCCUAACCCCAAUUGUUACGUAUGUGCCAGCAAGCCAGAGGUGACUGUACGUCUGAAUGUCCAUAAAGUGACCGUUCUCACCUUACAAGAUAAGAUAGUGAAAGAAAAAUUUGCUAUGGUGGCACCAGAUGUCCAAAUUGAAGAUGGGAAAGGAACAAUUUUAAUUUCUUCAGAAGAGGGAGAGACGGAAGCUAAUAAUCACAAGAAAUUGUCAGAAUUUGGAAUUAGAAAUGGCAGCCGGCUCCAAGCUGAUGACUUCCUUCAGGACUACACUUUAUUGAUCAACGUUCUUCACAGUGAAGACCUUGGGAAGGAUGUUGAGUUUGAAGUUGUUGGUGAUGCCCCAGAAAAGGUGGGGCCCAAACAAACUGAAGAUGCUUCUAAAAGCAUAACCAAUGGCAGUGAUGAUGGAGCCCAGCCUUCCACCUCCACAGCACAAGAACAAGAUGACGUGCUCAUCGUUGACUCAGACGAAGAAGGUUCAUCCAAUAACGCUGACACUGGUGAAGACGAGAGGAGUCGCAAGAGGAAACGAGAGGAGGAGAAUGUCAGCGCCAAGAGGUCACGCCUAGAGCAGACCGAAGAGCUCGAUGACAUCAUAGCAUUAGACUGAGCUGAUCUUACUGUGCUGGCUCAUCUGGGCAGAACCAGGCUGUUUUGUCCUUUGUUCCAGAGGGGAAGGCAACAUUGACACCAGUGACUUGAACAUGAUUCUGCUCCCUUUGAAAGCAUUUGUUUUGCUAGGACCGUCAGCAACAUUGCGGUAUGCUGUACUGACAGUAGGAAUAUAAAUUUCAAUCCCUUUGAACAGAGUUAUGCACAAACCAGUGAUGCAUUGAAACAACACCGUGCAUGUUGCCUUUCAAUGUAAAUAUCUUAGGUAUCAUUUGAGAGUUUAAAAUAUUGUGCUUUAGUAAAGUUGGUACCUGGUUAUAAAUAUUAUGCCUUUAUUUUUGGCUAGAAGAAGAGUUAUUUUUAGCCUAGAUCUAACCAUUUUCAUACUCUUAACUGAACAGAUUCAAAGAAGUGCUAUGCAUUGAGACUUGUUUUUAAAUGUCAACUGGCACUAUGUAUAUUAAUGUAAAACAAUGUUAAUUUACUCAUUUCAGUUUAUACUGCCUGGGAUGUCUGUAAGAAACCAAUUUUUGUGUAUUUGUUACAGUUUCAGGUUAUUUAUAUUUGAUGUUUUGUAAGACUCAAAUAACAAAUAUACUGUACUUAUGGACCAAAUAAAUGACAUCUGCAUACUUGUUA